AUGGCACCAGAAACUGUCUCCUCGCAGCCGCUCUUGAUUCCACCGAUCUUCCGCCUUCCAGCAGAGAUCACUGUGGCAAUAUUCCUGGAUGUAGUUGCAUAUUCGGGACCCCUGUGGAACUGGAACAUCACAACGAUCCUCAUGCUCGUAUGCAAGGACUGGUACGAAUUUGUCCUCACGUCGCCCCAGCUAUGGGCGACGAUCGACUCAGCAAUGUUAGCCAGUUUCUCGCCCAGUCGUCUAAGCGAAGUCUUGCUUCGGUCGGAAGAAUAUCCCCUCGGUAUCCAUUUGUCAGGACGCGAUUUCGACUACUCCAGCAAGGAGGAGCUGGAACGUUUGAAGAUGGGGCUGCAAAUCGUUGCUGGCCACGCGAAUCGAAUCGCCGUUUUCGAGGCAACCAGCAUGACAUCCGAUGCUCUGACUAUCGUCUUCACCGUCUUCAAACAGCAUCCUGCACACACACUGCGCUAUCUUCGCCUGGAGAUUGACAGAUAUGUUGAGACGCUCUGGCAACCGAAAGACCUGACCUGGCCUCUGUUCGACGGUGAUAUGCCCAUGCUACAGCACGUAAUCAUGCGCGAUAUGCCGACUGCGUGGCCCUCUAGCAGAAACACAGUCCUGCUCAAUAUCAGGGAAGACUUUCUGCCUGUUAAGUUACUCCUAGCUGCACUCAAGCAUACUACCAGGUUGCAGCGCCUGUAUCUGAACGCGACGGAAUAUGAGGUUGACGACCUGGACAAGAACGUUGAUAACGUCGUCAAACUGCCUCACCUUACACACAUGCGAAUCUUCAGUGACAUGCCGAUGGAAUUACAGUUUCUCCAGUACCUAUCGCUCCCCAAGACGGCUGCCGUUGCCCUGACAUUCAAGACACAUCAUCCCCAUUCCCAGACCGGCAUCAUCCCUGACUCGCUUGUGAUCCGCGAUGUCGGUGCAAGGACGCACACGCUGACGCUCGAGUUCCGGAUUGAUAGGGGAACGGCGAUCGUGCUGCACUCACCCACAAAGCACGUCAAGAUCACCUACCGUACUGUGAGCUUCAAUUCGAUCCCCGAGAAUGUGUACUGCGGGCUCGGGGUCGUCCCGCUGCCUGCGCUCAAGUCGCUCACCGUCCAGGGCCACGCGACACUCACCUUCCUCGACGGCGAAUGGAGACGAGUCCUCUCCUCGUUGUUAUCGCUGACCGAACUAUCGUUGAAGGACGCCAAGCCGACGCUCCUCCCUCUCAUCCGACUUUUCGGCACAGUGAUGGAAUCCGACGGAUCGGAGUCGGGUUCGUCUGCAAAAGCGCCGUCGGUGUAUUGUCCUCAGUUGUUCACACUAUCCAUGACAGUGUCUGGGCCCGAUGAGUUUGUGUUCGUCGACGCUCUGGCGACAUCGAUUGUGUCGCGUGCGUCGGUGGGGUCACGAUUGAAUAACUGCAAUUUGUCGUUGAAGGUAGACGACAGCAUCCAAAAGCGCGUGGACGAAAUAUGGAGCACUGGAUGCCGUGUAUUUAUCGACGAUACGGUGUAA